GACCAGGACCUGCACUCACCCUCCCCACUGACACAUUGGUCUGGGCCCCCGGCCGCGCUGUCACCAUGGAAACGGCUUCUCGCGGACAACGCUGCGGCUUACGACGGUUCCAUUGUUACGGGAAACUGGAAAGUGGAGACCGCGCCGGUGUUGCCUGGAGAACGCCUGGACUCAGAGCAGCAAAAUGGGCCUCUCCCCAACUCCCCUCCUCCUCCCCCAGCACAAGGCAAAGGGCACCCCUUGCUGUGAGUUUGGGGGCACCGGCUGUCGCGGGCCGACCCAGAACUUUGCGGAGUCCCCUGAGGGACCCGUGGCGGGACCGGCCCUGGGUUCGUCAAAUUCCGCCGAUGCUUUCAGGAGGCUGAUUAAACAAAGGACAAGAUUGGAGUGGGAAAUGGAGGCUCUUAAAAGUGGAAGCUUUUUGUUUGUCCAUUUAUAAGAAAUUGGACAAUGAAUCACUUCAGGAAGAUGGAGGUCAUCAACCUCACUGCCCUACCUAUGAUACCAGUGGAUGAGCACCUGGCUGUCUCGCUUGUCGCACGGAAUACAAUGGUGAAGACCGUGAGGAAGGAGUUAGAGAACAGUCCACCCUCGUGCCUUAUUGGCUCCAUGCACCAGGUGAACCAAAAGAUUGCUGACAUAAAUCUGCGUAUCGAGCCCUCGGCCAACAGCCUGGCAAUUGAGAGAUUUGAGUUGGAGAAGAAGGCUUUAAGAGAGAAAACUCGCAGCAGUCCAGGAGACAAAGUCAAGAGACAAAGAAAAUCUCAGUAUUCCUGCAAAGGCUCCGAACUCAGACAUGCCAGAUCUUCUGUUAUAAAAAGGAAAACAGCAGAUAAAAAUCUGCUGGUGGAGCUGUACCAGUAUUCCAACUUUAAUAGCUCCAAGCCAAACAAGCUUCCGAAUGGUGUGGACUUCUGUGACAUGGUGGGCAACGUGGUCCGGGCUGAGAGAGACUGCCUUAGUGGCAAGCGUUUCUGUUCAGGUAGAGAAUUAGAGAAGUUUCUCUCUUCUCCUUCUCCAAGAGCCAUCUGGCUGGAUAGCUUUUGGUGGAUAUUUCAUGAGAGGUACCAGCCAAACAAGGAGCUCCAGAAUAAUCUGUUUGACCGGAUAGCCCAGCACUAUGCCUUACUUUUGUUUCGUGUACCCAAGUCCCACUAUGAAGAGGCGCUCUUAAAAAGGCUGCCAUCACUUCUGAGCAAAGCUGUGUACACCAGCUUCUGUUGCUGCUUCCCACAGUCCUGGUUCAACACGCACGAAUUCAAGUCUGACAUCUGUAACACAAUGAGCCUGUGGAUUUCAGGCACCUAUCCUAGCCCACAGAGCUAUGACAGCUGGGACUACUCGGAACUAGACCCAGAGCGAUUCCGCAGAGAAGAAUUAAUGUUAUACAGAAGAAGACUGACAAAGGGGAAAGAGUUUUCUUCGUUUGCUGGUAAGAGAGCCUUCUCCCAGAAGCCAGCCCAGAGCAGGAAAUUCUGCCACCCUCAGUCUUCUAGUGCAAAUUCACCCAAUGAAAAAGCCUCUUCGGCCAAGCAGAACUCAGAAAAAAGCUUACGAAUGCAGAAUACUGCAAAAGAGCAUCAUUGUCAGACCCUGGUCUUGAAGAAACCUACACAAGAAGUCAAGAGGAUAUCAGAAGCAAGAGAAAGUGAGAAUAUGUUUCCUAAAAAGUCGUGUGCUGCCUGCAAAAGCCCUGAGCUGACUUCAAACCUCUUCAACAUUUAUGGGAAGAGCCCUCUGAUUGUGUACUUUCUCCAGAACUACGCCAGUCUGCAGCAGCACGGCAAGAAUGUGUUGAUAGUCAGAAGGGAAAAGACCACGAGCACCCCUGACUGCACCCCAACGUUUACUGAUGUCAUCAACGAGACCCUGUGCAGCAUGAAGAAGCGGAAAGACAACCUCAAUCAGUUGUACCAGCGUCACUGGAGUGAAUGGAAUUAUUUUGACAAGCAUCUAAAGGAGCUGCAAGACAACUUCUCCAGGGAAAUGAAGAAUAUUGAUGAAAAAGCAGCAGAUAAAAAAAAGGCAAACCACAUAUUCAUCCCACCUUCAGCUGUCAAUGAGGAAUCACCUGACAAGAAAACUAAGGGAAGUCUCCAAAGAGAAAUUGAGUUUCUUUUAAGGAGGGGAAAGGAGGAGAGAGAAAGAGAAGAGAAACAGAAGUUGAACAUUUCUUUCCACUUACUUCCAAGCCCUGAGGAGCUCCACAACCUAGAACCAGGCAGCGCCUACAGAAUCCGUGAUAUUUCUGCUACGAGGUGGAGUAGAACAACAAGAAAACAAGAAAAUUGUGGCCAAAGACAGAAAUAGGAAUCACGAUUUCUCCAUAGGGGAAGGAUUCCGUUGUAGUUUUUCCUAGGCUGAGUGAAAAGCAGGAGUAGAGAGUUGGUGCUUGGGUCACUACAUUUAUUCAUAAAUUUACUCUUUCAGUAUUUUAUUACGUGCAUGCUGGUAAGUACAUUACAAAUAUGACCUCAUACAAAGGUUAAACUUUCAUACCAGCCAUAUGAAGUAGGGAUUAUCCACUGCAUUUUACACAGGAGCAAGCCCAGGUUUAGAAAGGUUUCCGAGUUCUCUGCUGUAGACACUGGGUCAUUAACAGUAGAUAAGACACAGUCCCUGUUCUCAAGGGAGUCACCAUCUGGUAGAGGGAAGACAGAUGUAUCAACACAUUAAAUGCUGUAGUAUUGGACAGAGGAAAAAGAGGAAAGUGUUGUGAGGGAAAAGGAAAAGGGGCCUAGAGGAGUGCAAUUUUUUGUAACAAGCAUUGUGGAACUAUUAAUUUGAUAAUUUGAUAGGCGCUUCUAUUAUGCUGCCUCUGAGCCUUUGCCCCCUGCUCCUCUAACCACUGGGCUUGCCAGCCUAUUUCCAAUAUGCCCUCUUUCUGCCUGGCAAACAUCUUGUCUUUUCUAAAAGCCCAGGGACAUGACAUCUGUAAUGUGUUUCUGUGUGACUCCUAGGCUUCUGCCUUCUUAACCUCUCACCUUCCAGCUCAUUUGAGUGAAUCUUUGUCCAAGAAUUGAGAGAAACUUUAUAGGUAAAGCAUGCACAUGUUGUCUGAUUUAAUCUAAAAUAGAAACAAGAAAACAAAAAAUAAUACUGCAACUAGGGACACAUUUAGUCACUCCCAGUUCAUGAGACAAGGAAUAUUAAAGUUCAUUCCUACCAUAGCCAAAGUCAGGAUUUAAAUGUAAAUUAACUCUUUUAAUUAAAAAAUUUUAAAUUAGGCCGGGCGUGGUGGCUCACACCUGUAAUCCCAGCACUUUGGGAGGCUAAAGUGGGCAGAUCACGAGGUCAGGAGUUCGAGACCAUCCUGGUCAACAUGGUGAAACCCCAUCUCUACUAAAAAUACAAAAAUUAGCUGGAUGUUGUGGCAGGCACCUGUAAUCCCAGCUACUCGGGAGGCUGAGGCAGGAGAAUCGUUUGAACCCAGGUGGCAGAGGUUGCAGUGAGCCAAGACCAUGCUAUUGCACUCCAGCCUGGGCAACAAGAGUGAAACUCUGUCUCAAAAAAAAAUUGUUUUAAAUUAAUUUUAACCAAAUUAAAUUUUUUUAGAGGCAGAAUCUCAGUCUGUUGUCCAGGCUGGAAUGCAGUGGCACAGUCAUAGCUCACUGCAACCUCAAAUUCCUGGGCUGAAGCGAUCCUCCCACCUCAGCCUCCCAAGUAGCUAGGACUACAGGUAUGCCACCAUGUCUGGCUAAUUUUUAAAGAAAUUUUUUUGUAGAGAUGGGAUCUCACUGUGUUGCCCAGGCUGGUCUCGAACUCCUGGCUUCAAGUAAUCCUCCUGCCUUGUCCUUCCAAAGCACUGGGAUUCUAAGUGUGAGCCACCGCACCUGGCCUGGAGUAUCUAAUAUUGUAUAACAUAAUAAUAGUAAUCAUAGGCGAUGUCAUUUAUUGAGUACUUAGUAUGUGCUGAGUGCACUGUUAAGUCUGGUUUAGACAUUAUCUCAGUUAACCUUCCUGGUGUCCCCCAAGAUGGAUAUUGUUACCUCCAUUUUCUCCUAGGAAGAAACGGGCUUGGUGGGGAUGAUUAGGUAUUUGCUAGAUGUCUAUUCUGUACCAUCCCUGCACUAGGCCCUGUGAAUACAGAGAUAAAUAAAGACACAGUCCCUGACCUUAUGGGGCUCACAAUCUGGAAAAAAGAGAAGGAUGUGUAAACCAAUAAAUGCAUUAAUGCUCCGAUAGAGAGCUGCGUGGAAUCUGAGAAAAACCAAGGCAGGUGAAGCCAGUGUGCCAGCAGCCCUUUGGGACAGAAGAUAUUUCACUGAGGGGCACAGGCACAGGGGUUGGUUUGCCAGAGGACCAGCAGCUGGGCUGAGGGGCAUAGGUUUUAUCAUUUGAGCUUCAAGGCACAAGGCAGUCACCUGGUCUGUGCUAGAACAGUUCACCUGUCACAGCCAAGAGGAAAGAAAUGGUGCAGAUGGCUGUUUGCCCAAACCAAGCAGCAGAUAAGCAGAUCUUGGGACAUGUAGCUCAUCCCUCAGAUACACAUCUUUACUUGAAUCCUGAGUAGAACUCUAGGUGACCCCCUUGGAGGCCAAUACUCAUGUAAAAGGGGAUAAAGGAAAGGUAAGAGGGAAGGAGCUCAGGCUUUGGCAUGAGAAAAUUUGGGCCUUUGAAUCCCUGCCCUGCUUCACCAUAUAGAUGUGUGACUCAGCAUAGUAGCUGUGCAUCUUGACCUUUCUGAACGUGCUUUCUUGACUGCAGAAAUUGAGUGCCUACCUAGGAGGGUUGUUGUGAGGAUUAGAUGAGAUAAUUUGUGCAAAGUUCUUGGCACAGUACUUUUCACUUUGUAAUUGCCACAAGCUGUUGUUGUUGUUGUUAUAAAGUGUACUCUUCUUGGCCGGGUGCGGUGGCUCAUGCCUGUAAUCCCAGCACUUUGGGAGGCUGAGGCGGGUGGAUCGCCUGAGGUCAGGAGUUUGAGACUGGCCUGGCCAACAUGGCGAAACUCCAUCUCUACUAAAAAUACAAAAAAAUUAGCUGGGCGUGGUGGCAGGUGCCUGUAACCCCAGCUACUCAGGAGGCUGAGGCAGGAGAAUCACUUGAACCCGGGAGGUGGAGGAUGCAGUGAGCUGAGAUUGCACCAUUGCACUCCAGCCUGGGUAACAAGAGUGAAACUCCAUCUCAAAAAAAAAAAAGUAUAGUCUUCUGAAACCAGAACGUGUGAGCACCUGCCGAGUACAAGGCACCAUGUGGGGCAAAUAAGCAGAACACUCUCUCGCCUUCCCUUUACUACCCCAGCCACUGUCAGCUCUUCAUUUGCAGUUUCUGUAGGAACCACACUUUCCUAUUUCUGGACCUUUUGUCUGUUGCUGCUUCUGGACCUGAAAACGCCUUCUCCUCCCUCCUCUUUGUUAACUGCCAACAUCGCUAAUUCCUGCUUUUCCUCCAGGACCCCGCUUAGACGUCCCCCAUCUUGGGAGCCUUCCCUAAUAUACCAGGAGCAAGGCAGGCACAAGUGCUCCACUGCAUUAUGCUCCAACAGCAUUCUGUGCCAUCCCAUUAUGGCAGCAGUUACCAUAGUAGAUUGGAAUUGCCUGUUUACCUAUCCACCACUACUAUUAGCCCCCAUACAGCAAGAAGGUCUCCUUAUUUUCUAAGCCCAGGACAAACCGCAUUUCUGUCUCUCAGGACCAUUUGUUGCACAGUCCAAGAUCAUCCCUGCAUGGACCCUUUCCAGAAAUUACUGAGGAUUCAGAGCUGUAGGCCUCUCAGGAUGUUAAAUAUGAAGAAACCUGUCUCUGCUCUUUGUAAACAUUAGAAGGGAAAAUUAUGGGGAAGAAUUAUUUGCCCUUUAUAAGGGAAGGGGGGUAGAGCAUCAAAGGGAACUAACAUUUAAAAAGCAUUUGCUGUAAUGUGGGAUAAAGCAAAUGAGUAAUUGCAUGAUAUUCUAAUUCUGUCACUCCCAGUGUUGCUGAAAACCCAUAUUCUCAGCAUGGAAGAAGAUAAAUUCAGAUGUUAAACUAGAAGAGAUGAAGUUAAAAUCCUAUAGUCCUGAUUUUGAAUUGCUUAUGAUGAAAUGUAUGUUUAGAACACAGAGUUUCCUGAAGAACAGGAGGGAUAGCUAGAGAGGGGAUAGGAGGGAAGCUGGAAGGGGUUACAAAGAGGCCCAAAUAAACUUUUGGGGGUGACAGAUAUGUCUACUAUCUUGAUUGUGGUGAAAGGCUCAUGGGUGUAUACACACCUAAACAUACUUUAAAUGUGUGCAGUUUCUCAUAUGUCAAUUAUACCUCAGUAAAGCUUUGUUAAAAAACGAACAGGCCAGGUAUGGUGGCUCACACCUGUAAUCCCAGCACUUUGGGAGGCCAAGGCAAGAGGAUUGCUUGAGGCCAGGAGUUUGAGACCAAACAGGGCAACAUAGUGAGAACUUGCCUCUACAAAAAAUAAAAAAUUAGUCAGAUGUGGUAGUGCACACCUAUAGUCCCAGCUACUAGGGAGGCUGAGGUGGGAGGAUCGCUUGAGCCUGGGAGCUUAAGGCUGCCAUGAGCUAUGAUUGCGCUACUGGACUCAGCCUGGGUGAUAGAGUAAGACCGUGUCUGGGAAAAAAAAAAAAACGCGGCGCGGUGGCUCACACCUGUAAUCCCAGCACUUUGGGAGGCCGAGGUGGGUGGAUUGCCUGAGACCAGGAGUUUGAGACCAGCCUGACCAACAUGGCGAAAUCCCAUCUCUACCCAAAAUACAAAAUUAGCCGGGUGUGGUGGCGGCUGCCUGUAGUCCCAGCUACUCGCAAGGCUGAGGCAGGAGAAUCGCUUGAACCCAGGAAGCGGAGGUUACAGUGAGCCAAGAUCAUGCCACUGCACUCCAGCGUGGACAACACAGCGAGACUCUGUCUCAAAAAUAUAUAUAUAUAUAUUUCCUAAAACUCUGUCCACUGAAAUGACCUAGAAAUAAAGACUGACCCGGCAGCAGUGACCCAGACUGUGGUCUUGAAAUACUAUUUGCCCUAAAAGGAUCUAGGGAUCCUUGAAGAAAUGAUCAGUUCCAGGUCUAGGGCAGGAAAAUCAUGAGACCUGAAACAUCUUGUCACACUUAACACCAAGGAAGCUAUCAAAGACAAGGAUCCUGUCAGAAAGACUUGGGAGCAAACUUAGAGACAAUCCAAUUAGCUAAAAGAGAGGACCAUUUGGGCAUUAAUAAUAAUUGCCAUAUUUGAAGCACAUCAAACAUGUUCUCACCUGUAAGUUCAUAUUGUGACUUUAAAAAAACGGAUUGGUGGCUGGAUGUGGUGGCUUAUGCCUGUAAUCCCAGCACUUUGGGAGGCCGAGGUGGGCAGAUCACUUGAGGUCAGGAGUUUGAGACCAGCCUGGCCAACAUGGCAAAAUCCUGUCUCUACUAAAAAUACAAAAAUUAGCCAGGCAUGGUGGCACAUGCCUGGAAUCCUAGCUAUUCGGGAGGCCGAGACACGAGAAUCACUUGAACUUGGGAGGUGGAGGUUACAGUGAGCUGAGAUUGCACCACUGCAUUCCAGCCUAGGUGAUAGAGUGAGACUCUCUCAAAAAAAAAAAAAAAAAAAAAAAAAACAAAACACUAAUUGGAUACUAGGGAACUACCUCAUUAUUUUGAAAACUGGUAAGUAAAUGAAUAAGCAGUUAUCAUGCCAUUCCCAUAUGAACUGUAUUACCAGGUAACCAAAUAGUAGCGGAAGAGAAACUUGUCUUUAUAAACAAUCCACCUAAUAAAUUCAGAAAUAAUGAUAGACUUAAAAUGUCACCAUUUUGAAACCCCUAAUGAAUUAAUGGAUCUAGGUUGAUUGUCCGUGGCUGCUUACAUCACAGAAGACAAACAGCUAUUAAAUGCCUUCUGAUAUUAGACCAUAAGACCACCUAUCAAAUAGUCUUACAAAUAAGUAAACCUGAAUGUGAUCUGAACUCUAGAUCCAACCACCAUAACAGGAAAUACAGAGGAUGGGGACAGCAUGGUAAAUGGUAAAUGACACCUAGGGGAUGCAAUCAGCAAAAUCCAGGCUAUGGAAAACUCCAGGGCAAAUGACUUCAUUUUUUUUCCAACAAAUAAGUUUCAAGGGAAAAAGAGAGAGGGGAUAUAUAGAUUAAAAGAGACUUUAAAGAAGACAUCAGUUGCCGAGCAUGGUGGCCCAUGCCUGUAAUCCCAGCACUUUAGGAGGCCAAGGUGGAAGAAGCCCUAGAGCCCAGGAGGUGACACCAAACUGGGUAACAUAGUGAGACCUCGUCUCUACAAAAAUAAGAAGUAAAAAUUAGCAGAGCAAGGUGGCAUACUCCUGUAGUCCUGGGUACUUGGGAGGCUGAGAUGGAAGAAUUGCUUGAGCCUGGGAGUUGGAGGGUGCAGUGAGCUAUGAUCAUGCCACUGCACACUCCAGCCUAGGUGACAGAAUGAGACCACAUCUCUUAAAAAAAAAAAAAAGAAGAAGAAGAAGACAUCCAUCAAUUACAACAUGUGGACAUUGUUUGGAUCCCAUUGAAACAAAAUGUGGCAUUUAUGAGACAAAUGGAUAUCUGAAUCCUAAAUAUUUUAUAUAUAAAAGUAUUAAUUCUAGGUGUGAUAAUAGCAUUAUGGUUAUAUUUUUUAAGGAGUUAUUACAUUUUAGAGAUAUAUACUGAAAUAUUCACAGAUGGAAUAAUAAGAUUAAUGGAAUUUGUACUCAAAUAAUAUGGGAGAGAGAAAGUGGAUGGAGGUAUAGGUGAAACAAGAUUGACCAUGUGUUGAAAAUUGUUGAAGAUGGGUGAUGGGAAUAUUAUACUGUUUUACUUUUGUGUAUAUUUGAUAUUAUCCAUAAUUUUUUAAAUUAAAGGCAUCUACCAUGGACA